UCUCCUCCCCGCAAACGCUAGAUUCGGCGAGCCGAACCCGCUCUCUUUCGGUCCGUAUUUUAACUUCUUCCCACGGACCUACUCGUACCUCGUUGGGUACCGAGAGACAGUUUGGAAUACUAUCAUCACGGAUUGAGUACGAUUUUAUCCGGAUGACGACUCCUUCAACAAGAAUUUAGUAAAAGAAAACAGCUCGGAAAUUUCAGAAUAUGUGGACCGGACCUUAAUCAGCAUCCUGGAAGAGGAAAGCACGGAAGAUCUGUGUCCCACACCACAGACAGGUGCAGUGUGUAGCCAGAGCAGCACAGAGGGAGAAAGCUCUGGGGAGGAGGUGGUGCAGCAGCGCACCCCUCCGGCUGUGGAUGUGCUGGGUGGCGACCCCCAGGCUGCGCAUAAUGUGGCUGGGUCAUCCCAGCAUGCCCUGCAUCCGGUCCCCGCAGCGCCCCUCCCACCACUGGAUAACACGGCCACGUCACAGCCGGAAAGACGCGUACACGUCAGUGAAAAGAACGCACCAACAGAGAGUCACCCCAACGGCAAAACUAAGGACAGCCUUGAAGAAGGUGCCAUGUCGGAUAGUGGUGCCAUGUCGGAUAGUGGUGCUGAGGCUGUCCAAGGAGGAUUGGGUCCAUCGCACCCCAAGGACCCUAGUGUGUCUACAGAGUCUCACUCAGACAGAUUCUCUGACAUACAGAUGGAAGGAACAGCGCAAGAUUCACAUUACGGGUCACAAACUGAUAACCGCAGCCACACAGACAGACAGACGAGCGGGUCAGAGUGGAGUGCUGCUGGACCAGGUCAGGACCAGGCUCUGCAGCAGGGAGGUGCAGGUGGACUGGUGGACGUCAGUGGGACAGAACAGGGACAGCCUCUCACAGAGACUGAGAAAUUGGAAUAUAAACAAGAGACUGGAAUGGAGGAACUUGGCAGGGAACACCCAGCUAGAAACCUUUCCUCUGAAUCCUUCUCAACAGCCUCCCCUCUUACCCUCAGCCCAAAUAAAGAUGCAGUCCCAGACCACAAAGAAGACAGAGGGAUGGAGCAGCCUCAAACAACUCCGCCUACUCAGGCGAAUCAGGCCAGCCACAGACCUCUGUCUGAGGUCAAAGAGGCAGGCAUUCUCCCAAAUUCUGAGCAGCCCGUCACUGACAAUGGUGAGAGGAGACAAACCGACGUCUCCACAGAACCUAAAAUCACCAUGCAGAACUCGAAUGACGACGAAGGAGAGAUGCAGGGAGCUAUUGCGGUGGGGCAGGGACCACAACAACCUGAAAGACCUACAGAACAAUCUGAGAGUGGACAUGUCACACUUGGGAGUUCACACACACAAACGCCACUCCCAGCCCCACCAACUGACAUAUCCGGGACCCCACAGCCAGGAGCUAAAUACUCUGGACUUGUACCCUACACGCCCCCUGGCAGUGGAAAUUCCACCCCAAGCUACACAACUGACCGACAGGAGAGUGAGAGCGAUAUCGAGAAUAGUCCCCCUCAACCGACAGAGGAACAGAUUGAGACUAAUGGGGCAGAGGAGGAGACUGAAACGGCAGAGCCCUCACCCAACCUUACAAUCCAGUCACAAAGCUAUUUUCUACAGGAGACGUCAACAACAGCAGCAACCCCUCAUAUCCACCACCUCCCCAGUUUAGAACUAGACUCAAUGCAGACAGAAAAAUCUAUUGAAAUUCAGAUGUGUAAUCCUGACCACGUAACCAGGAUGGAGACUCCACUGGUGUCUGAGCUCGUCCUCUCAACUGAUGCUCAAGGAGCUGUGAUGCAUGGAGGAGAGACCAGCCUUGAGUUGUCUGAGGAGGUGCAGGUUAAUCAGUGUAUCCUCCUGGAAGAACAUCCUGUUAUUGAAUUAAACUCUGAACUUUCUUCUGGAGAACUAAAGUCAUUUAUCGAAGGGACCCAUUCGGAUAUCGAAAUGGCCCAACUGGCUGCAGGAGAAUUUGAGAUUUAUAGCUUUGCGGAGGAGGAGAUUGCAACUGAAGUUGUUGGAGAGAGACUGUCUCUCUCCCCAAGCUAUGAAGUAAACUUAUUCACCCCACUCAUUGAACACUCUGAGAAUUGUACAGCCAGUGAGGGACAAGACAUACACCUGCCAUCUCCCCCUCAAACGGGUAAUGACAAUGAUCAAGUCAUUAUCCAGCAAGGCCCCCUUUCAUCAGAUCACAGUCUCUCAGAAAUGGAGGUCUGUUCAAAUGACUUUAUUCCUAGUCUCUCCACACGAGAUGUAGAGAUGACUGAUGAAAGGCAGAAUUUAGAGGCCAAAAACACAACUACUGAAACGGACACUGCUGUGGUGAGAGAUUCAAGUAAGGUUGAUUUAGUCAAAACUGUCCCAGUAUCAGAUACAACAGAUGGACAGACGGACACCUGUACACAAGCUACAGCACCUUGUCUGGAGACCAGCACAGCUGUCUCAGACCAUAGAGGGGUGAGCAUUUCCCCAACCACCAGUCUGAGUGACACCCAAAAGCUGCCAGGGGAAACCGAAGUAGGAACAACGACCAGUACAUCUUCUCUUGUCUCCCCAAUGGAAGAAUUAACAGAGGUUGUUGUACAGUCAACCAGUCAACACAGUAUUGAGGUCCUCUCCUUGCCAAUAACCGUACACUUGUCAGAGGGUAAAGAGCAGAAUUGUCCUCCUCUAAAAGAGGUACCAGGAGUCACCUUACAAAAUACUACAGAACCGGAGCCCUGUGUUUCUUCUCAUGAAGGGACCAAAGAUCCACAGCCCUGUCCAACUCUGUCAGAAACCCCAGCGCAGAUCCAGCAGGAUGUUGAUAGUACUGUUAAUGUGACAACAACCGAGGACAAACCGGAGGCUUCCCGGUCCGCACUCUCUGGCGUCAUCGACCCAAAGCUCCUUCUAUUAAAGCGUGGGGACACGCCUCUCCUCAAACAUCCACCCUCCUUAUUGUUAGGGGUGUGCAUGCAGCAAAGCAACAGCCUGACACAUGCUAGCGCUCGAAGCCCCAGCUGUGGCUCAGACACAGCGCCUGUAGUAGAGUGCCUUCCCAAAGCUGUGUCAGCCGCGGUCUCUGUGCCGGAGCCUGUGCCUCUCGGCAUUCAUAGAGACCAGACAGAGCCCUCUGUCACGAGAGAAACCACAGCAGCACUUCCCGCUACAAACACCCCAUCCCAGCCCCGUCUGCCCCCUUCCUCUGGUCCCACACCAUGCAAAUCUGACAAAGAGACCUUAACUUCGAUCAAAACUUCCACCACCAACACACCUUCCAAGCCCCCCUCUACCCCCAAGUUGCCCUCAUCAUCAGGCAAUGUGACGAGGAGUACUCUCUCCAGUUCCUCCUGUGAUGGAAGCCAGUCUGGACCACCCCCCGUCAUCCGGCCACGGCUAGCUGGUGUGAAGGGCCCAGGGAUCAGCAGCGCCAAGGAGGAGAGCAGUGAUGGGGAGGCUGACCUGGCAGUGGAGGCCAAGCCUGGCCGCAGGAGCAUGGUCACCCACAGCCCAGCAGAGAGCAAGCAUGAGCAGAGACAGAGCAGGCCAGACAGAAAGGCCCUUUUCUCAAAGGUACGCCAGUGGAUAUCAGACAGGGUCACUCCAAGUUCAUCUCCUGUCUCUCCUUCUACUUCAUCCCCCUCUCCUGGCCCAUCCUCCUCCAGUGACUGGACUCCCAGCACUACUCCCCUCGCUCUCCGAGGUCCAAGGGGCAGGUUCCUCUCUCCGCCCUCUAUGGGCCCGGGAGGUUCCUCCCCAUCGGACCCGGUCACUCCCUAUCGACCCCGCAUGGAGCGUCACGCAGACAUGGCCGAACUGGCCAAACAUGAAGCGGAGAUAGAGGGCAGGACCGUAGCGUUGAAGAGGGAAGGCUUCUGGUCUAUGAAGCGACUGACCCGUCUGACGGAGCCUCUCCGGCCCAAGGUGCACUGGGACUACCUGUGUGAGGAGAUGCAGUGGCUCUCUGCUGAUUUUGCCCAGGAGAGAAGGUGGAAGAGAGGGGUCGCCAGGAAGGUGGUGCGGAUGGUGAUGCGACACCACGAGGAGCUGAGGCAAAAGGAGGAGAAGGCCAAGCGGGACGAGCAUGCAAAAAUCAGACGAGUCGCCUCCAACAUAGCCAAGGAGGUCCGGGCCUUCUGGGGCAGUGUUGAGAAGGUGGUGCAGUACAAGCAGCAGUCCCGGCUAGAGGAGAAGAGGAAGAAGGCUCUGGACCUCCAGCUGGACUUCAUCGUGGGCCAGACAGAGAAAUACUCCGACCUCCUCAGUCAGGCCCUGGAAACGGCACCGGCUGGGAACAUUGAACCGUCACCCUCACCACCCAAAAACGCUCUUCCACCUGCUGUGGAUGAAGAUGACCUAGACUUUGAGCCUCCAUGUGGUGAGGAGGAAGAUGACGAGGAGACCAUUGAUGUGGAGGAGGCGCAGGAUGGAAAUGACGCCGAGACCCAGAGGAGGGAGAUGGAGCUGCUGAGACAGGAGGGGACCAUGUCCCUGGCAGAGUUGCUCAGCACCCUCAAACGGCCCCGUUCACAGGACUCGGCAGAGGAGUGCUCAGACAAUUCGUCAACAACAGUGGAGGAAGACCAAGAGUUCACAGCCAACGAAGAGGAUGCUGAAGACGAGGAGGACACCAUCGCAGCCCAGGAGGUGGUGGAGGGGGAAGCAGAUCACGCAGGAGAGCUUGAUGACUUGGCUAAAGAAGGUGACAUGACUGUGGAGGAGCUGCUGGAGAAGUACAAAGGAGCGUAUGCCUCUGAUUUCGAGGAGCCGUCGGCGUCCGCCUCUCCCGCCAGCACAGAGGAGUCGGAAAAUUCUGGAGACGAGGAAGAGGAGAGUGAGGAAGACGAAAGUGAUGUGGAAAGCAACACCACCUCCUCAGAUGAUGAGGACAGUGAAGAGGAAGAGGUCAGUGACAUUGAUGAACAGGACAGUGAUGAAGAUGAGUGCGAUGAGGGGAUGGAGAUCCUGCUGAAGGAGGGGGACCACAGCCCCCCUCUGCCAACCGGCCCGCGGCCCAAGAAGGAGAUCAGCCACAUUGCUGCUACUGCAGAGAGCCUCCAGCCCAAAGGCUACACCCUUGCCACAACCAAGGUCAAGACUCCCAUUCCCUUCCUGCUGGUGGGCCAGCUGCGUGAGUACCAGCACAUCGGCCUGGACUGGCUGGUCACCAUGUACGAGAAGAAGCUCAACGGCAUCCUGGCUGACGAGAUGGGCCUGGGGAAGACUAUCCAGACCAUCGCCCUGCUGGCUCACCUCGCCUGUGAAAAGAGUAACUGGGGGCCCCAUCUGAUCAUCGUGCCAACCAGUGUGAUGUUGAAUUGGGAGAUGGAGCUGAAGCGCUGGUGUCCCGGAUUCAAAAUCCUCACUUACUAUGGCAGUCAGAAGGAGAGGAAACUCAAGAGACAGGGUUGGACCAAGCCCAACGCUUUCCACGUGUGCAUCACCUCCUACAAGCUGGUGCUGCAGGACCACCAGGCCUUCCGACGCAAGUCCUGGCGCUACCUCAUCCUGGACGAGGCCCAGAACAUCAAAAACUUCAAGUCCCAGCGCUGGCAGAGCCUGCUCAACUUCAACAGUCAGAGGCGCCUGCUGCUGACAGGCACCCCGCUGCAGAACAGCCUGAUGGAGCUGUGGUCCCUGAUGCACUUCCUCAUGCCCCACGUCUUCCAAUCCCACCGAGAGUUCAAGGAGUGGUUCUCCAACCCCCUCACCGGUAUGAUCGAGGGUAGCCAGGAGUACAACGAGGGCCUGGUCAAGAGGUUACAUAAGGUGCUCAGACCGUUUCUGUUGAGGAGAAUCAAGGUGGAUGUGGAGAAGCAGAUGCCUAAGAAAUAUGAGCAUGUGGUGCGCUGCCGUCUGUCUAAGAGGCAGCGCUUUCUCUACGAUGACUUCAUGGCACAGGCCUCGACCCGGGAAACGCUGGCUAGUGGUCACUUCAUGUCUGUGAUCAACAUCUUGAUGCAGCUCCGUAAAGUGUGUAACCACCCCAACCUGUUUGACCCUCGGCCCAUCCACUCCCCCUUCAUCACCAAGCCUAUCGUCUUCCACACUGCCUCCCUGGUACAGCGAGCCCUGGAGGUCUCCCCAUUCAAGCGCUGCGACCUGUCCAUGUUUGACCUGGUGGGUCUGGAGGGCAGCGUGUCCAGGUACCAGGCCGAUGUGUUUCUGCCUUGCAGGAAGGUCACCCGCCAGCUGAUCCAGGAGGUCAUGGAGUCCCCCGACCCCCCUCCUCGUCCUAAACCCGUCCGCAUGAAGGUCAACAGGAUGUUCCAGCCCUUACCUAAGGCUGAUGGUCGCACAGUGCUGGUGGUGAACAAACCCCGGCCCACUUGCCCUGUCACCCCUGCUGCUCAGGCCUCAAGGACCCCUCUCAUCCAGGAUGUGACCCCAACCCCUACCCCUACACCGCCAGUCCAACAAGCAGUGUGUUCAGUGGCACCCACAGCCCCUCCUCGCCCGCCAGUGCACCCCAGCGGCCCCUCUGUCAUGAGGUCCGGCUCCCCAAUGCCAGUCCUGGCCGUGCGCCCGCCCACCACCUCCUGCAACCCCGCCACCCAUCCCACCCCUCCUCCCAGCAACGUCGUGACCCAACGGGUUCUGCUCAGCCCAGACAUGCAGGCCCGGCUUCCCUCUGGGGAGGUAGUGAGUAUCGCCCAACUGGCCUCAUUGGCGGGGCGUCCUGUGUCAUCGUGCCAGGGCAGUAAGCCUGUCACCUUCCAGCUGCAGGGCAACAAGCUCACCCUGUCUGGAACCCAGCUUCACCAGGUUCCUGUGGCACCUCCACGCCCAGUACAAGGUAACGUCAUGCAUCUGGUGACCAGCGGAGGGCAGCACCACCUCAUCAGUCAGCCAGGCCAGGUAGCAGUUUUCAGUUCAGCCAAUACCCACGCUGCCCCCCCCCCUCCUGUACCCUCGGGAAUCCAGCUGCCUCGCAAUGCAUCUCAAGUGCCCUCCUCCAUGGUGACCAGCUCUGGGAUUGUGAAGAUCGUGGUACGCCAGUCAAGCAAGGAAGGAGGGGGUGUACCCACCCUGGCAGUGCCCCCUUCUCCCCGUGUAGCCCCCCAGGCGUCAACCUCCAUGCACCACCAUGCCAAUACUGCCGUGAGAACUCCUGCCCCCCAGCAAACCGCCCAUCGCCACCCCGGACCCACCACUGCUCAAUACACCCUGGCCCCCCCUAGAACCCCUACCUCAGUCACAAUUAGAACCUGUACCCCAGCUCCUCCUCGAAUUCCUACCCCAGCCCCUCCUCGAAUCCCUACCCCAGCCUCUCCUCGAACCCCUGCCCCCCCUCGUAAUCCUACCUCAGCCCCCAGUCAGUCCCAGCCCCCUUGCCCAGUGCUGAAGGUAGUAACGGGACCAGCAGAAACCAGCACAGAACAGAAAGCUCGUGUGAAUUCUACGUUGACGCGUGAGGAGAGCAGCGACACCAAAUCAGCCUUUCCUAAAUCAGGGUCCCAUGUUGGUGGAUUUGUCCCCCCUCGACCUCGGGCACAACCUCGCCCACCUCCUCGCUCCCCCUUCUAUAUGUCAUGGCUGGCAGACAGCCGCAAGAAGCAGCGAGACAGCUGCCUGGCCCAGAUCAUCCGGAUCAACGACCUGCACUGCAGCGCCAAGCCCGUGUACGGCCAUGAGGUGCUGGACUUCCUCACUUUCCUCCCGGGCUCCUGCCCUGCUCCAGCCCCCAGGGCCCUGGGUCAGUGGGGUCGCUCGGGCCACGCCGCCUGCCUUUUCGCCCAGUCCCACAGCACCACGGACUACUGGGACCAGAGCCGUGCCCUGAGGGAGGCCAUCCACACCACCGAGGACAGGCUGCAGCUGCUCAAAGAUAUGAUCGAACGGUUUACGUUUGUGAUCCCGCCGGUGGAGGCUCCGACCAUCACCUUGCACAGUUGCCACCCCCCUCCGUCUCUGAGCCACCAGCAGGCCGUGUUCACCUCGCUGCUCUCCUCCCAGGUGGCCCCGCUCACACGCAGUCUGCACCGCAUCCAGUGCAACAUGAGGACCCACUUCCCCGACCUGAGGCUCAUCCAGUACGACUGCGGUAAGCUACAGACGCUCCACACUCUGCUGCGACGGCUGAAGGAGGGCCAACACCGCGUUCUCAUCUUCACCCAGAUGACCCGCAUGCUGGACGUGCUGGAGCAGUUCCUCAACUACCACGGGCACAUCUACCUCCGGCUGGACGGCAGCACCCGCGUCGAGCAGAGACAAUCCCUGAUGGAUCGCUUCAACGCGGACCGCCGCAUCUUCUGCUUCAUCCUGUCCACGCGUAGUGGCGGCGUGGGGGUGAACCUGACGGGCGCCGACACGGUGGUGUUCUACGACAGUGACUGGAACCCCACCAUGGACGCCCAGGCCCAGGACCGCUGCCACCGCAUCGGACAGACCCGCGACGUCCACAUCUACAGGCUGAUCAGUGAGCGCACGGUGGAGGAGAACAUCCUGAAGAAGGCCAACCAGAAGAGGAUGCUGGGAGACAUGGCCAUAGAAGGAGGCAACUUCACCACCGCUUUCUUCAAACAGCAAACCAUCAGGGAGCUAUUUGACGUGACUGAGGGGGAGAAGAAGGAGGUGACCCCGGAGCGAUCUGUUCCCCAGCCAGAGGAAGAGGAGACAGGCAACAAACAGAGCACCACCAUCCUGGAGCAGGCCCUGUGUCGUGCCGAGGACGAGGAGGACAUAGUGGCGGCGUCCCAAGCCAAAGCAGAGCAGGUAGCUGAACUGGCAGAAUUCAACGAGGCCAUCCCAUUGGACGAGGCUGGUGAAGGGAGGGAGCCGGAAGAGGAGGAGCUCUCCAAGGCCGAGCAGGAGAUAGCGGCUCUUGUGGAGCAGCUCACUCCUAUAGAGCGCUAUGCUAUGAACUUCCUGGAGGCAUCACUGGAAGAUGUGUGCAAGGAGGAGUUAAAGCAAGCAGAGGAGCAGGUGGAGGCUGCCAGGAAGGGGCUGGACCAGGCCAAGGAGGAGGGCCUGAAGCUGCACGCAGGCUCCUCGGACAAUGAGGACGAGGACUUCUCAUCACAGCCAGCAGAGGAGCCCUCGCCGCCCGGGUCGGGCCGUCGCCCACGCAAACACAAAGAGAAAGGCGCCCCCUCCACCAGGACCAGCGGUAGGCUCCGAGGGGCCACGGCCUCCCCACCGCCCACUUCCCCAGAGCCAGAGCCCGAUACCCCCACCCCCAGAGAAGUGCCUGAAAGACUCCGCUCAGCUCUGAGAGGACGAGGGGGGAUCAAAGACGCUACCACCAUCCCGGCCCACACAGAGCACCCCAGGGCCCACAUCUCCUCAGCAAAGGAAUCUGCCAAACCUGCAGCCACAACCCCGGCCUCUCCUUCUAGAGACUCCAGCCUCAAAUCCGGGUCAGCAGCGCCACCUCUUGGAACCCAGUCCCACUCCAGCUCAGUGCCUUCCACUGCCACCAGUCCUCUAGCUGGGAAACCACUGACACUACCAGGGGACUCAGACACUAGGUCACCCAGGAGGGAGAGGUCAGUGUGCAUCUCCUCAGAGUCCACGUGUCCGGUGGACCAUCAGUCAUACUCUGCCCAGGCCAGGGACUAUGACAGUAGGGACCAGGAGUCCCUGUCUCCCCCCUCUGUGUGCCCUCUCUCCCGGUCGCCACGCAAGCGCCAGUCGGCUGAUGGGGAGGUCCUGCUAGGCCUUCCGGAACAUUCCCCAUCGGCCAAGGUCCUGCGGAAGCUCCCUGGUCGCCUGGUGACGGUGGUGGAGGACAAGGAGCCCAGGAAGAGGAGGAGGAGAGGCAGCGGGACGGGAGGAGGCUCAUCAGAGGAGACAGAGAACGCUGAGUCGGGCCGAGGCUCAGACGAGCCAAGCAGAGAGACUACAUCCCAAACCCCUGACAAAACCAGCCAGACACCCGAAGAGAAAGGGACCGCCUCAAAAUACUUACCGACCACCAAACUCGCAGAGGACCAAGAAUCCCCCUCAACACACACCUAUCCUGCCAGAAGCUACCCCCCUUACUCCCCGCCCCACCACUCCCCUGACAUGCCGGUGCUGAGGAACCUGCCGGUGCGGCAGCGGCUGGAGAGCGAGUCUCGCGUGGCGGCCCAGUUAGGCGAGUUGGGCCGAGGGAGGGGAGGGAACUACCACAGGAAAAUGGACACUCAGCCAGGAAAAGACGGCAACGUGUCCUCAGGCGCUAAUGUUGCUAACUCGACCCCACCGGUGAAACGAAAGAGGGGCCGACCCCCCAAAACUCCCCUCAGGUUGGCGGAACCCCGGCCAGAGCAUGUAUCUCCUCCCCAGUCCACCUCACCAAGUGAGGAGGGGAGCUCCGCUCUCUCCCCAAAACGCAAGCGGGGUCGUCCCCGCAAGGACUCGACAACUGUAAAGAAUGCUGUGGGUGCAGGACAUAAAUCAACCCCCACCACUGCCAGCACCACCAGCCAAGCUGGUUCCCUGUCUGACACUGCUGCUGCUGACACAGAGCCACUACUCCCGUCUGCCCCCACUGAGCCUCAAACUGUGGCCUCCUCUGCUGUCUGCACUAGCCAAGACUCACACUCUACCAAAGCGGAGGACUCCACCGCAACAUUAAAACCAGACACUAAGACUGAGGUCCUUACCACAACCCCAACUGCUAUCCUGGCACCAAGCCCAGCUCAAGUCCUUACCACAACUGCUAUUCCUGCACCAAGCCGAACUCAAGUUCCCACCCCAAUUCCAAUCUCCACCUCAAGCUCAACCGAUGUCCCUGCCUCAAGCUCACCCACCAUCUCCACCUCGGUUUUAGUCACUGCUACAAGCUCACCCACAGUCCCCACCUUGAACUCAACCUCUGUUCCUGCCUCAAGCUCACCCACAGUUUCCACCCCAAGCUUACCCACAGUAUCCACAUCGAGGACGACCUUUGGCCCUACCUCAAGGACAACCUCUGGCCUCAUUCGAAUUCCAACUGCAGUCCUCACCUCAACCCUUGCCCAAUUCCUCACCUCAAGACCUAGAGUCUCCACUUCACCGCCAGUCUCCACUUCUCCACCAAUCUCCACAGCUACCACACAAAUUGUCACCCCUACCCCCAACAAGAUCUCAACUCCUCCCCUUGCCCAAAUCACUAUCCCUACUCCAGCUCAAAUCUCCAAAAUGGCCACAUCAGCCUCUACUCCAACCGUCACCCCCACUCCAGACCCUACACCAACACUCACAAAUGUCAAACCAACCCCUACUCUGGACCCUACCACAAUUGUUGCAACCCAUGUACCAACACUUAGAAAACUCACCACAACCUCAAUUGCAAAUCUGACCACAAUUUCCACACCAGCCCCAAGUAUAAUAGUCACCACCGUCGCAUCAGCCCGAACCACAGCCAUCACAGCAGUUCCUGCAACAGCCUCCACCCCAACUUCUACCAAAAUCACCAUCACAACCCCUACACCAGCCCCUAUACCAACCACCACACUAAGUGCUACACCAGCCCCUACCACAACUGUCACAACCGUCAAACCAACCCACACACCAGUCCCAACCUUGAUCACCACAACCGCUGUUCCAAUUCCCAACACAAUCCACACAGCAGCCCCACCCAGAACUGUCACCACUGUUACACCACCCCCACCCAGAACUGUCACCACUGUUACACCAACCCCACCCAGAACUGUCACCACCGCUACGCCAACCCCCACAGCAGCCCCAACUAGAACUGUCACCACCGUUACUGCAGCCGCUGCCACAACCAUCGCAUCAACUCCUACCCCAAUCUCUACGCCAACCCCCACCCCUUCCCAAGUACCCAACUCCACCACCACCAAAAUCCUCACCCAGAUAUCCACCCCAGCCCCCACUCCAAGUUCAACAUUAGUCCUCCCCCUGGCCCAAAUUCCUAUUACAUCUACCCUCUCCAACAACUCUACUGCUGUAGCUGCCACAGAGAACCAGGCUGUGGAGCCUGCUCCAGUGGAGACUGCCCAGAACCGAGAUUCGGAGAAGAUAACCGACAUGGAGGUAGAGAAGAUAACCGACAUGGAGGUAGAGAAGAUAACCGACAUGGAGGGAGAGAAGAUAACCGACAUGGAGGUAGAGAGCCAGGCGGCUAAAGAGGACAAAAAGACGAAGGAGGAUGGAGAGGAGGAGAGUAGUGACUCUCAACCGAAAAAGAGGAAAGUGGGGAAUUCUCCUGAAGCCAAAGACUCUGUCCUUUCCACUCCCUCACACUCUGACCCAGAGACUCCAGUGGCUCCUCGGCCAGAGGAAACUGAUAAGCAGAAGGUAGAGGAGAGCGGCGGAGAUGACAAAGCCGGCAGCAAGAAGCGGCCUCUCAGUCGCCAGAGCAGUCAGGAGUCUGUGCGCUCCUCUUCUCCCUCCUCUGUGUGCUCCACAUCCAUUCCCACCCGGUCAGCCCAACACAAGAAGAGUGCAGAGAAGAGAGCACCUGCCAAGAGGAGGCGAGGAGAGGUUCUGUCUGACCCAGAGAAGGGAAAGGGGAAGACGGAGAAAGUGUCCACCAACGCCACUCGGAGGAGGCAGUCCAGGUCCUCUUCAGACUCGGACCCCUGUGAAACCAGGAAAGAGCGCCUCCUCACCUGCUCAGCCCAGAGCUGGCAGGAGAAGGAGGGGGAUGGAGAGGGCAACAGGCGGAGAAGAAGACCCGCCAGGAGCUCUGAACGGGAGGGCAGGACUAUGUCCAACAACACCGGUACUGGGGAGUCUGGCAGCGAGACAUCCUCUGUGAGGGUCACCCGGAAAUCCUCUGGUCCUCAGCCCACCCCAGAGAGUAAACCCCAGUCUAACAGCUUGCCCUCUACCCCUCCCCAGCCAGAGGUCCUGGGAAAGAGAUGUUCAGCCCUAAACGCUGCAGCCAAACUCCUUGCCAUGCGAGGCAGGGUCGACACCCCUGGCAGCAGGAAAGACCCUGCGGCUAAGACUGCUGGGCAGAAUGCCAUUUCUCCUGCUUCCUCUGACAAGAACCACAAGUCCAAAUCUAAAAGUGCACCAGCCACUCCGCAAACCAACUGCAACAACAAAGCAGGAAUCAGCAAGACGACCCCCACCCAGUCUAGCCGCACCGCCGCCCGCUCCACCCGCCAAUGCCCUGGCGCCCUUGUCCCACCCCUGGAGACGGACAACAAGAGGGGGAGCAAAAAGGAGGAGAAUGAGAAAGAAAAGAAGCCCUCGGAGGAGAAGGAAGAGGAGGGUGAGAGGGAGACUCGCUCGUCCAGGGGCCACAGCGCCUGCAGCAGCGUGAGUAGCGAUGGUGGAGGGAGCAGCCGGAGCAGCAGCAGCCAGCGCACCCACAGCCUCAGCUCCCAGAGCACCGGGCCCAGGCGCAACCGCUCAAGAGCACCCUCCUCUGGCAGCGAAUGUGAACGCAGCACCGAGAGGGGCAGGAGGCGCAGCCACAGGAAGGAAGGAGAAGGCCGGGGGAGGGAGACCCGGAAGGAAAGAAAGGAGAGGCACGCCCAGAAGCGGGAGAGGCUCUCGCAGGAAGGGAACGCCGGCUCGGGAGAGGGCACCCCGGACAGGGUGCUGCGCAGCGUGGCGGCUAUGGCAGCAGCUCAGGCCCGCACACCGGCCGCCAACACCCGCUCCUCCCGCUCCUCCUCUGCCCAACACAACAAGACAUGAUGGGAGAACAAGAGAUUUAAAAAAAAAACUGUGAGAGGGAGUGAGGGAUUGUGACUGGAAAACGGAGAGGGGAAAUGAUCUCUAAAGUUGCUGCUUUGUCUACACUGACGGAGGCCAGAGCAGAACUAUGUGUUGUGCAGGUCAGUGACCUCCCUCCCUCUUGGGCCCUCUCCUCCACCCCACAUUAGAGCUGGUCUCCUCUCCAGUUCAGCCAUCAUCAACUGGGGAAAGGCUUAGAGAUGUCAGACUGUCUGCGGAGAGAAAGGUGACACCAUCUUAGAGCCCUUCCAGAAGUGAGGUGUUGAAGUCCUGAAGGUGUCACUUCAUACGGACAGUGGCUUGACUGCACACUGGGGACUUUGGGACGAGGUGGGUGCGAGUGAGUUAAUUGUUAGUUCACACUAUGUACUGUAAAACAUUUAAAAAGACUGGAAUACUAAGAGAUGUAUGUGUUCGAGAGAGGAUUAGAUUGUGCCCAAUAUGCUGAUUUUAUCCUCUGCCAGGGUUAUCGAUGGGAAUCAUUCAUGCAACAUUCAAAAGAAGCUUUUGAGUGACAGUUGUAUCGUACGUUGAAGGUUUUAGACAUUUGGGUUCUGGACAUUUUGUCAGCUGUUCUGACCUGUUUGUUGAUAAGUUAUGGAUAUUUUAUGGUUUCUUCCAGGAAGAGAGCAGAUCUGUAAAUGUGAUCUUUGCUGCACAAUGCUGGAGUUAGUCUUUGCUUGGGCCUCUGUAUCUUAUCAUUUUCUGUCCAUCUAACUUUUUAAAUCCAGCCUGCAUUUUUCCUUUGCACAUCUGACAUGUUGUCCUCUGCAUUUGAGUGCGUUGUGGUGUAGUAUUUUACAUCAAUUUCAAUCAAAUUACUACUACGUUCCUGGUACCUCACACAAUGUAACUCUGAAGCUCUAAAUAUGGCUGGCUCUCUCAAGCUUGUUAUGUAUCUCGAAGAUGGUAAUUAUUUUGCUCACUGGCAAUGCAGAAAGAAACGGGAGCAGAACCUUGAUUUAACUCUCCUCACCUUUCCAAAGUCGGACAUUAUGGUCAAAAUGUCAUGAAGUUUAUACUAAAAGGCUACUGAAUCAGUGUGAAUAAAAAAGAUUAGUGCCUAUUAGGCCGAGUGGGAGGACGGAGAUCCUAGUUUGCCUUGUAAAGUACUUGACGUUGGGGUGUGGAACUUACCGAGUUGUCAUUUGUCCCAAAAAAAAGGAUACACUUUCUGUAAAUCACAAGGAAAGCACCCUAUGCAUCAGUGCUACCAAAUUCUUUAUUUUUUAAAUCUGAAUUUCUACUAUCAUUUCAUUGCUCCUCUUUCAUGUAAGGACUUGGACAAAACGUGAAUAAAAAAAAUAUAUAAAAACUGGUUCAGUUCCAGAUGGCUCUGUAAAUUGUCAAUGAACUUUUUGAGGACUUGCUUUUGUCAAAGCAAUUUUUGGGCAGGGUGAUGUUUGAGUGAAUGGGUGGAAUAUGGUGAUGGUCUUCUCUUGAUUUGUCUCUUUAAUUUGUUACAUUCCUUUGUUCCCUUGUAAUUCCACAGUUUUACUUGAAAGAUUAAAAGACAAAAUGACAGUUCAAUAAAAAGACCAAAAAUGUA